AUGGCUGGUCAACAACCUCCCGGGCGCCCUGGGGCCCCGAGGAGCAAUAACGACCUACUACUCGAUCUCGAAAACGAUCAACCAGUUUACGGCGGAGGUCAGCGCUCCAACGUGAACGACGACGACCUGCUACGAUUUCACAACCAAGAUCAAGCGGCUGGACGACCGUCCGUGUCAUACGAUGACUUUGUUGGCGGCGGCGGCGGCGGCCGUGAUCAAUACAUCAACACUACAUCUCCUCCGUCUUCCUCGAGACAGACGGCCCAAGGUAGGCCAGAAACGGCCACCUCACAGCAGGGUCCGUACAUGCAACCCGCCGCUCGACAGUAUAGCCAAACAUCGGAGCUAGGGAACUAUCAACGAUACGCCGACGACUUGGACGACUACCCCGAAGACGGCCAAUCCUACUACCAGCAUGGUGGAGCGCCGCGCGUCGACGAUCCCGGCAACCAGAGCCGUGACAAUGCGCGCAAACGAAAUAGCGUGCUUAGCAUGGGAGGCGGUCUCAUGGGUCGCGCCAAGAACAUGUUUGGAAUGGGGGGCUCCGGGUACUCAGAGAUGGACCUUCCUUUGACGGAACCUGGUGGACAGCAAAGAGGUGGUGCGCCAGGCGGAGCGGCCACCGGCGAUGCUUCACAUCAACAGCCAUCCCAACAAAAGUCGGGGGGCAAGUUUGACAUGGGCAACUUCAAGUUCGGCUUCGGUCGCGGCAAGCCUGACCCCUCGACGCUGGGUCCGCGUGUUAUACACCUUAACAACCCUCCCGCCAAUGCCGCCAACAAGUACGUUGACAAUCACGUCUCGACCGCCAAGUACAACUUUGCGACCUUUCUCCCCAAGUUCCUCUACGAGCAGUUCUCCAAAUUCGCCAACAUUUUCUUCCUCUUCACCGCCGCCUUGCAGCAAAUACCGAGACUGUCGCCCACGAACCAGUACACCACCAUUGGGCCCUUGAUAGUUGUGUUGAUGGUUUCGGCCGGCAAGGAGAUGGUGGAAGACUAUCGGAGGAAAAUGGCCGACAAGGCUCUAAACAUGUCCAAAGCAAGAGUUCUCAGGGGCUCCUCGUUCGAGGAGACAAAAUGGAUCAAUAUCGCUGUCGGAGAUAUCGUCAGGGUCGAGUCGGAAGAACCCUUCCCUGCUGAUCUGGUUCUGUUGGCCAGUUCUGAGCCCGAGGGGCUCUGCUACAUCGAAACUGCGAACCUGGAUGGCGAGACAAACCUGAAGAUCAAGCAGGCUCUCCCCGAAACAUCGCACCUUGUGAGCUCCAGCGAACUGAGCAGGCUCGGUGGCAGGAUCAGGUCGGAACAGCCCAAUAGCAGUCUAUACACGUACGAAGCGACCUUGACGAUGCAAGCCGGAGGCGGAGAGAAGGAAUUGCCAUUGAAUCCGGAACAGCUGCUUCUUCGAGGCGCAACGCUCCGAAACACGCCCUGGCUGUACGGAGUGGUCGUAUUUACCGGCCACGAGACCAAGCUGAUGCGCAACGCGACCGCCGCACCGAUCAAGCGGACCAAGGUUGAGCGACAGCUAAACAUGGCAGUUCUCGGCCUCGUCGCGAUCCUCCUGGUUCUCUCAGUCGUGUGUACGGUCGGAGAUCUCGUCACUCGUAGUGUGUUUGGCAGUUCGAUAUCAUACAUCAUGCUUGACAAUGCCGGCGAUGCGCUCGAGAUAUUCAAGGUUUUCCUGCGCGACAUGGUCACGUACUGGGUCUUGUUCUCGGCUCUGGUGCCCAUUUCGCUCUUUGUCACCCUGGAAGUCGUCAAGUACUGGCACGGCAUCCUGAUCAACGACGACCUCGACAUGUACCAUGACAAGACCGACACGCCUGCAAACUGUAGAACCUCCAGCUUGGUGGAGGAACUGGGCAUGGUUGAAUAUGUGUUCUCGGAUAAGACGGGCACCUUGACCUGCAAUAUGAUGGAGUUCAAGCAGUCCUCGAUAGCGGGAAUUAUGUACGGAGAAGAGAUCCCCGAGGAUCGGCGAGCAACUGUCCAGGAUGGCGUCGAGGUUGGAAUCCAUGAUUUCAAGCAGUUGGCGCAGAACCUCAAGACUCACAAGACGGCACCGGCGAUCGAGCACUUCCUGGCACUCCUGGCGACGUGCCACACUGUGAUUCCGGAGCGCGACGAAAAGUCUAACAAGAUCAAAUACCAGGCCGCAUCACCCGACGAAGGUGCGCUGGUCGAGGGCGCCGCGCAGCUCGGAUACAAGUUCGUGGCCCGGAAGCCGAGGGCGGUCAUCAUCGAAGUCGAGGGUCAGGAGCUUGAAUAUGAACUUCUCGCCGUGUGCGAGUUCAACUCGACGAGGAAGCGCAUGUCCACCAUAUACCGAUGCCCCGAUGGCAAGAUCCGAGUGUACUGCAAGGGUGCCGACACGGUCAUCCUGGAGCGCCUUAACGAGAGCAACCCGCACGUCGAGGUCACCCUGCAGCACCUGGAGGAGUACGCAUCGGAGGGCUUGAGGACGCUGUGCUUGGCUAUGCGCGAGGUUCCGGACCACGAGUUCACGGAGUGGAUGGCUGUGUACGAAAAGGCGCAGACCACUGUCUCGGGCAACCGAGCAGAGGAGCUGGACAAGGCGGCCGAGCUCAUCGAGCAUAGCUUUUACCUUCUUGGAGCCACCGCCAUCGAGGAUCGCCUCCAGGACGGCGUGCCAGAGACGAUCCACACGCUGCAGAACGCCGGUGUCAAGGUCUGGGUGCUGACGGGCGACAGACAGGAGACGGCCAUCAACAUCGGCAUGAGCUGCAAGCUUCUGAGUGAGGACAUGAUGCUCCUCAUCGUCAACGAGGAGACGGCGGCCGCAACCCGUGACAACAUCCAAAAGAAGCUGGAAGCCAUCAGGACGCAGGGCGACGGAACGAUAGAGAUGGAGACGCUCGCGCUCGUCAUUGACGGCAAGUCCCUGACUUAUGCGCUCGAGCCCGAGCUGGACAAGAUGUUUUUGGAUCUUGCCGUCAUGUGCAAGGCCGUCAUCUGCUGCCGUGUGUCGCCGCUGCAAAAGGCCCUUGUGGUGAAGCUGGUCAAAAAGUAUCAAAAGGAGUCGAUCCUGCUCGCUAUCGGCGACGGGGCCAACGAUGUGGCUAUGAUUCAGGCCGCGCACAUUGGUAUCGGUAUUAGCGGUAUGGAGGGUCUCCAGGCGGCUCGGAGUGCCGAUGUGUCGAUUGCUCAAUUCCGGUUCCUCCGCAAGCUGCUGCUGGUUCAUGGCGCCUGGAGUUAUCAGCGUGUCAGUAAGGCGAUCUUAUUUUCGUUUUACAAGAACAUUGCUCUGUACAUGACGCAAUUUUGGUACACGUUCCAAAAUGUGUUUUCGGGACAAAUCAUCUACGAGUCCUGGACUCUUUCAUUCUACAACGUCCUGUUCACGGUCCUGCCCCCGUUGGCCCUGGGUAUCCUGGACCAGUACGUCUCGGCCGGCCUCCUGGACAAGUAUCCGCAGCUUUACGGCAUUGGGCAGCAGAACAAGUUCUUCAAGUUCAAGAACUUUGCCCAAUGGAUCGCAAACGCCAUGUAUCACUCGCUGCUGCUAUAUCUCGGUGGAGUCGUCUUUUGGUACCACGACCUCAUCCAGGCCGAUGGCCUUAUCGCAGGAAAAUGGGUUUGGGGAACUGCUCUCUACGGCGCAGUCCUCUUGACCGUCCUGGGCAAGGCGGCGCUCAUCACCAACAACUGGACAAAGUACCAUGUCAUCUCUAUUCCUGGCUCGUUUGUCAUCUGGAUCGUCUUCAUAGUAUUCUACGCCUCGGUCUUCCCCCGAUUCAACAUAUCGAUCGAGUAUGACGGGCUGGUGCCGCGCCUGUUCCCCAGCGCCGUGUUCUGGGUUCAGUUGUUCGUGCUGCCGGUGCUUUGCCUGCUGAGGGAUGUGGCGUGGAAGUACGCCAAGAGGAUGUACAGGCCUGAGGCGUAUCACCACAUCCAGGAGAUUCAGAAGUACAACAUCCAAGAUUAUAGACCUCGUAUGGAUCAGUUCCAAAAGGCAAUUCGCAAGGUUCGCCAAGUCCAGCGCAUGCGCAAGCAGCGUGGAUACGCCUUUUCACAGGCGGACGAGUCGCAGACUCGUGUCCUGCAGGCGUACGACACAACACAAAACCGUGGGCGGUAUGGUGAGAUGGCCUCUUCCAAAGGGAGGUGA